AUGAGCUCGUACUUGAAUGCCCAGCCGCCGCCUCCACCGCCGCCCAAGUCGUCCAGCGCAGAGACGACGCCUCCUCCUCCCGCACCGUCAUCCUCGCUCAACGUGCCGUCGACAGCUCGCAAGGGUCACAAGCCUCAGACGAGCGUGCACUACAACGACUUUCCCGAACUCGACUUCUCGCCGAACCGCGCGCCGUCCAAGCGCGGGCGCGUCAACCCUCGUCUCGCAGCCGCUCUCCCUUCGACCGCCUCGACCGCGACGCCCGACGCUCAGAACGCGCUUCCGUCGCCGUCGUUGGCACCACCAGCUACCGCAGCGCCAGACACAAUCCUUCCUGCCUUCAAUGCGCCGCCUGCGCCAGGUCCAGAGCCCACGACCAGCGUGAGGAUGGGCCCGGCGACGGACGAUGCGCGCUUCCCUGCCGACUUGCUGCGAUUCGAACGCAUAGUUGCCGACAAGCCAGCGCGGCUCUUCAUCCUCUUCAUCCCCGGCAAUCCCGGCCUCGUCUCCUACUACCGCGACUUCCUCACCUCCCUCCGCGACUCGCUCCCACUCGACUUGAGGGACUACACCGAGAUGGCCGCGCUCGGGCACCUGCGACACACGCCCGAGUACAAGGAGGAACGGGGUUUUAGGCCGCAGGACCAGGCGACGCUUGAUGAGCAAGUCGACGCGAAGGUUUCGUUUGUCGAGGAGCUCGCGAAGGAGUACAAGCUGGGAGGGGAGGGCUCGCCCAAGCUCGUCAUACUGGGGCACUCUAUUGGGUCGUGGAUUGGCAUGCAGGUCCUCAAGCGAGUUCCGCAAUACGUCUUCGCCCUGCACAUGCUCUUCCCGACCAUCUCGCACAUGGCACAGACGCCCAACGGAAAACGUCUCUCGCCCCUCUUCUCCUCGUGGGCGCUCCGCCCCGUGUUCUACUCAACUUCCGCCCUCUCCUAUCUCCCCACCGGCCUCUCCUCGCGCCUUGUCUCGCUCCUGACCGGCCAAUCCGGCUCUGGCGCACAAACGACCACUCAACUCGUCUCAUCGCCCGAAACGGUCGUUGCGGCACUCGUCAUGGCGCGCAACGAGCUUGCGCAAGUGACGGAGCUGGAUCGUGAAGCGCUGAGGGAACAUGGUGGGAAGGUUUGGAUCUAUUGGGCUGCGGAGGGAGUGGAUGGGUGGGUCACGGAGGAGGCGGUGAAGGAGGUUGAGGAGGUGUUGGAGGAGAAGUUUGGCGAGGAGGGCAGGAAGAGGAGGAAGAGGUGCGAGGAGGGCAUGCCGCAUGCGUUUGUGCUCAGUGACGCCCACACCGCCUCGCUCGCCCGCAAGUGCGCCGGCUGGAUCGUCGAGGACGUCGUUACGCAGAAGGCGUAG